AUGGGAAUGUUCACGAAGGCGCACCAAAUCGUGACACUGGUGACGAAGAAAGAAGCCCGCGGAGCGACCAAAGCCACCGAGAACGCCGACACCGCCCCCAACGUCGGCCACCAUUACGCCAUACCACUCUAUGGGAGGCUCGAGCCGUUCCAGGGUGAUGGGUCCGCCUGGCCAAUCUACGAGGAACAGGUCGGCGUGUUUUUUCGGGCGAACGACAUCCCCGUGGAAAAACAGCGCGACAUCUUCCUAGCCAGCUGCGGGACCCGCGUCUUAGGGCUUCUGCUCGACCUGCUCAAUCCGGCCACGCCACAUGACAAGUCGCUAGGUGAGCUCUUCGCGACACUACGCUCGCACUUCAGCCCGGCCCCGUCGACAUUAAUGGAGCGCUUCCGCUUCAACAACCGGAGCCACCGAGGCAGAGAGACACUCGGGCAGUUCGUCGCAGCACUGCGAGGGUUAGCGAGCGGAUGCGCCUUCGGGGAGCAGCUCGACUCGCUGCUCCGGGACUGUUUCGCCUGCGGCAUCAACGACCCCGCCAUGCAGACGCGACUCCUGGAGCUUCCCGACUCCUCGCUGGACGACGCGGUAAAGGCAGCGCUGGCAAUGGAAGCUGCGGCCGGCUCACCGUCGACGGAAUCGGCGGUGAACAAGAUGGCGACUCGGUGUGACAAGUGCAGUCGAUGCGGUGGCGACCACCCCCCCUCAAAGUGCCAGUUCGCGGAAGCGGAGUGUUUCGCGUGUGGAAGGACUGGGCACAUUGCUCGGGCGUGCCGAGGGGGGACGGCGGACGGACGGAAGCAGCCGUCGUCGAGUACCUGUUCCGCGCCAGUCCACGGCCAAAUUUUCGACGUGCGGCACACGGACAUGCGUCAGUCGUCUGUGCCACCGUAUAUGCUGACCGGCGAAGUCUGCUGGCGUCCCAUCUCCAUGGAGCUGGACACAGGGGCCAGUGUGUCAGUGAUGGCCGGGAAGGCCUUCAAGCGCACCUUCCCGGACGUUCCAGUCGAGGCGUCGGGCGUCAUGCUGCGCAGCUACUCCGGACAGCUCACCCAGGUCGAUGGUCAAGCCCAGGUCAGCGUCCGCCUUGGCGAUAGGGAGGCCACCCUGCCCCUGCACCUGACCAAGGUGCCGUCACUGACUGCUGCUGGGCCGGAACUGGAAUCCAGGCAUUGGCCCGGGGUGGGCACAUUCACCGGCACGGCGGCAAGCAUUCAUGUGCCAGACAAAGCCAAGCCCCGGUUUUUCAAGCCGUGCCCCCUGCCGCUCGCCCUGAAGGACGGGGUCACGCAGGAGCUGCAACAGUUGCAGCGAGACGACUUCCUGGUGCCCGUCAAGUCUUCAGAGUGGGCCGCUCCCAUCGUGCCCGUCCUGAAGCAAGACGGCAGUGUAAGGAUCUGCGGGGACUUCAAGAUUACCAAAAAACCCGUCGCUGCCGUGGAGAAGUACCUGCUGCCACGCAUUGAAGAUCUCUGGUCGGCACUGUCCGGGGGAAAGAAGUUCACCAAGCUCAACCUCAGAGAUGCGUACCAGCAACUGGUGCUCCAGGAGUCGUCCCGAAAGUAUGUGACCAUAUCGACAACGCUGGGACUCUUCCAGUACACGCGCCUACCGGUCGGCGUGGCCUCAGCUCCUGCCAUUUUCUAG